AUGUUAGUGGAAAUCAGACGUAUGACCAAAGAAGACAUCCCUGGCGCAAUCGAAUGUGUCCAGACAGGCUUUGCUGAUGACCCCUAUUUUAACUGGGUAUUUGAUGUAUCAAAGAAAGAAAGAGCCCGAUAUUCGAAAAGCUAUAUGCAAGAGAAAAAGAAUGUCUCAAGACGAAAUGACCAGGCUGACCAUAGUACAUUGUUUCGCGGACCGGAGAGGGGAGUCAGCGAGAGGGCGAGGUUUGGCUGUUCUCUCUCCUCUUCAUCCGCGAGAGCUUCUGAGUGGCUCUUCGACAAAUAUCUGCUGCAGUUUUCAAAAGACAGAAAUGAUGUUUCUCUAACAAAUCGAUGCCUAUGGGGAAUCAAAAAUGGUCUUUUCUACGUAGCGAGAGAAGUCCCGUCGGCCAGUGACGUGCCUGAUGACCAAAAGGGACCUCAAGAGCCUCAUGAACGAACGAGCCUUUUACGAGACAAAUCGUCCUCCUCAUCCCCUGCUCGCGUCGUCGGCGUUGCCAUGUGGCUAUUACCCCAGCCGCGAUCGAAACCGGAUAGCUGGUUUACAUAUUUUCAAACAUGGCUCCUGAGCUUCCGUCAACUCCUGACCAACAUCCGCUUUAUGGGUCGCGGGGGCCUGCGUGUACAACGAUACAGGAUUUGGAAAGCGGCACAGGCAAAUGUCCAGGAUGAACUCUGGACAGAUGAGAGAGGGUACUACUUCUGUAAUGUGGUUGCCGUUCGACCAGAAGUGCAUGGUAAGGGUAUCGGAAGACAACUCGUCAACAUUGUGACCCAGCAGGCAGACGAAGAGGGGAUGAAAUGCUACCUGGAGAGUUCAAAACAGGUCCCAAAUAUCCAGAUCUACGAAAGAUUCGGCUUUAAGCUGAUCAGGGACAUGGUUUGUGAUGAUAACGGGGAGACUUGCAAGGUGAGAACCCUCUCCCUUGAUCAAACGGUUCUUCUUCGAUUAUCUGUGAAUUGCUGA